AAGAAUUAUUUGAGGUGUGUGUUCUAAAAAAAUUAAAAUCUGAAUUUAUAGGGAAAUAACGUAGUAAAAAUGAAUGAUUCUGUUAGUUAGUAUAAUUUCUUAUGUUAUAUAGAUACCUAAAUCCUUCGAUAGGUACUGGACUAUCUGCACAAAACAUGACUUCAAAUUCAAAUGUGUAUUCUUCGUUAAAUUAUGGUAGGCUUUUCUUGCAAGCUAUAUAAAGUGUGAUGCUUCAAAUCUUUGAGACUAUACUUAUGUUUAUUUAAAAUGGUCUGGCAUUAAUAAUUAUUCUUCUAAUAAUGGAUGCUCCUUCUGAAAACUGGGACCCAGCUUUAACACGUCUUUUGACUUCUUUGAAAGAAAUUCAAACAGGAGGUGAAGACUUUGCAUUUCUGAGUGAGCUGCUUCAGUCAAAACAACUCAAUGCACUUGUUCAAGUACAUAAUAAAAUAGUAGCUAAAGGAAAAGAUGAUAAGUUCUACCCUUUACUGUCAAACGCUAUGCAAGUUACAUUAGAAGUCCUGGAUUUACUUAGUGAUAUAGUUUCUGGGUCUCAAGAAUAUCAAGAACUGCUAAGCCUGCUCCACAAACCACACUUUCAAGCUAUAUUAUGUACCCAUGAUGCUGUUGCACAAAAGGAUUACUACCCACAUCUUCCUGAUAUUCCACCUGAAGCCGAUGAAGAGGAGGAAACAGUGAAAAUUGUGCAACUAGUAAAAAGUGAUGAACCAUUGGGAGCUACAAUAAAAACUGACGAAGAAACUGGAAAGAUCGUCAUAGCUCGGGUAAUGCACGGUGGUGCCGCAGAUAGAUCUGGUCUUAUACACGCUGGUGAUGAAGUGAUUGAAGUUAAUGGUAUCAGUGUUGAAAAUAAAACACCGGCAGAUGUUCUAGCUAUACUGCAAAGUUCCGAAGGCACUAUUACUUUCAAAUUGGUGCCGUCAUUCGGCAAAGGUGGAUCAAGAGAAAGCAAAGUAAGAGUCCGAGCACUGUUCAAUUAUGAUUCAUCGGAAGAUCCCUAUAUACCCUGUAAAGAAGCUGGAUUGAAUUUUAAAAAGGGUGAUGUUCUACACAUAGUAUCACAAGACGACGCGUACUGGUGGCAAGCUCGACGUGAAGGCGACAGAGUAAUGAGGGCGGGACUAAUACCUUCCAGAGCUUUACAGGAGGGGCGUAUUAUUCAUGAACGUCAAACAGACCCGCAAACUAUGGACGGUAAACCAGCACUCUGCAGUUCGUCCACUACAAAUUCCGACUGCGGUCCGAAGACACCAUGCUCUCCUACGCCCACAGCGACGGCUCUACUUCCGUGCAAGUCCACACCAAAAGUGAAGAAAAUAAUAUACGACUACAGAGAGAACGAUGAUUAUGACCGUGAAAUGAUACCCACGUACGAGGAGGUGGCGAGAUUGUAUCCGCGACCGGGUCUUGUGAGACCUAUCGUUUUGGUCGGUGCCCCCGGUGUUGGUAGGAACGAGUUGCGUAGACGUCUUAUAGCAACGGACCCAGAGAAAUAUGUCACCCCCGUACCAUUUACGUCACGACCACUGAAACCCAGCGAACAAAAUGGCAAAGAAUACAUAUUUGUGAGUCGUGAGAAAAUGGAACAAGAUAUUGCCGAUGGUAAAUUUAUAGAACACGGUGAAUACAAAGGUAAUCUCUAUGGGACAUCUGCUGAGAGUGUUGAAAGCAUUAUCAAUUCAGGUCGAGUUUGCGUACUAAGCCCGCAUUGGCAAGCGCUCAAAAUGCUACGAACGCCUCGUCUACGUCCAUACAUAAUUUUCAUAAAGCCUCCUCCUUUAGAGAAACUUAUUGAAACGCGGACACUGGCGAAUGCACGCUCUACUUUCGACAAGGAGAGUUCGAGAGCAUUUACGGAGGAAGAAUUCACCGACAUAAUAAGAUCAUCGAACCGCAUCAAUUUCUUAUACGGAUACAUGUUUGACGAGGAUAUAGUGAAUGAGAAUUUGGCUGGUGCUCUCACUCAGCUUCUGAAGGCAUCAUGGAAAGUACAAUCGGAACCUCUAUGGGUACCGGCUUCAUGGGUUCAGUAAUCGAAACUUAUUUCCUUUUUUUUUUUCGUUUUAAUUAAGUUUGCGAAAUCGCCAUUUUCAGCGCUCUUUUCUUAAUAACUUUACCCUUUGACGUGAUACUCCUUCACGACACUUAUUUAUAUUUAUUCAAUAUUUCUAUUUGUAUUAAUCCCUUGUUUGUCAGAUUUGAUAAUUUAUUAAGGGCACAUUAUAUAUUCUAUUUGUCAGUUUAAUAUAAUAAUAAUAAUGUCUUUUCAUUGAAAGAUUUCACAGUAUUCUUUUUACUUCGUGUAAUAUUGCUUUCCGGUGGGUGUACGUGACAAUAUCACCUCACAAUUAUACACUUAAUUCUUAAAUUGAAAUGUGUUCACGGGUAAUGAUUUUGUUCAAUGGUGACUAAUGAUAAAUUGAUAUUUUUUAUUGCAUAAGUUAGUGUGCCUCAUAGUGAUAAUGUGUUUAUUCGUCAUGUGACGUAAAUAGAAUAUAUUUAUAAAAUGUGUUGGAGUUUCGCAUACUACCUCGAAGAGAGCGUUGUCUACUGCCAGUGCCUCAUAUACGCAAAUUUAUAUUUAUUUUAAAUGUUCUAAAUGAUUGAUGCCAGUAAUAACAUUAUAUUUUGCUGUAACGCACUAUUCUUAUGUAAACAUAUUUGUGAUGAAACGCCAAAAAUUAAGUUCACUAAAUUUUCUAAAAAGAUAUUAGCUUGAAACA